AUGAAUCAAAACCCCCAACCACCACAAACAUUCUGGUACAUCCCGUGGCAGCCGUAUUUCGAACAGCUGCACCAUCAAGUCGAACGACUACACGAAACCUUGCACUCACUACUUCAAAAGCAACGCGACAUGGAAAGAAGAUGCACGCAGCUGGAAUUCACCGUCUACGCGCUGACGUUGUUGGCCGGACGAAGACAAAUGGAAAAUCAACGCCAAAACGAAGAAGAAGAAGAAGAAGAAGAAGAAGAAGAAGAAGAAAACUUCAAUCAACAUGAUCAAAUAACAUGA